GCUGCGUCGCGGUCCUCACAUUCUAGACUCCUGGCUGUCUGACCCCUGACGUCUCACGUCUCAACUCCCGCAAGGUAUUGACCAUGGCCACGGCCAUGGCCAGAUCUGCGACCCUGCUCGCGCUGCUCCUGGUCUGCGCGGCGGUGGUCGCGGCAUCCGCUGCUGCAGCGGGGGCGGGCAAGGGCGGAGCCGGGCGGGCGGAGGCAGCGCCAUGCCGGGAUCUGGCGACGCGGGGCGAGUGCGUGGCGAGCGGCGCGGGGAGCAGGUGCCGGUGGUGCCGCAGCGAGGCUCUCGACGACAUGUGUUUCGGGGCCGCCGAGGCGUGGCGCCUCCCGCGUCAGGUCUUCUCCUGCGACGCGCCUGCCGCCGCCGCCGCCGCCCGGAAGUGAUGCCGCCGCUACCGCCGCGCUGCUCCCUCCUUGUUCGGGAUCGCUCGAUCUGACCUUCCCUGUCGCGAGGCCUUCAUUGUUUCUCUUUCUGUCUUCGCUGGAUCUGAGAAUUUAGGAUAGCGUGUUUCCUGCUGCUGUAUGGAUCGGUCUUGUGCGUUUUACUGUAAAAUCUGGUCAAACUCUAAUCUGAGAGCGUGGCAAGUCGUAAUCUGAAUCCUCAAAGUGGAAUAACCUGUCACUGGAA